UGUAUAUAUAAGGGCGUUUAUCAACGCGGACCAUCAUUUUAAAAACAUUAGUCAGCUGGCGUACAGUAAGGAUCAGAAUUGAGCCACAGAAAGUAAUUAAUAAACAUAACUUAAGUUAGAGAAAAAGUUUAAGUGUUUUCAAAUUAAUCGUAAAAUGGCACUCGAUCUAGAUGAGUGCUACACCCACGUCAUGGGAUUGGUGGAGGAAGCUGGACGAAUAAUAGCUUCCAGAAAUUAUGGGGAAAAAAGUGUCGUGGAGAAAUCCAGCAACAUCGAUCUGCUGACGGAAACUGACCAACAAGUUGAGCGCCUUCUUAUGGAUGGUAUUACUGGGAAAUAUUCCGAUCAUAGAUUUAUUGGCGAAGAGGAAACAAGUGCUGGAACGAAGGCGGAACUUACAGAUGCACCAACGUGGAUAAUCGAUCCGGUCGAUGGAACCAUGAAUUUCGUACAUAGCUUUCCACACUCGUGCAUUUCGAUCGCUUUGUUAGUGAAUAAGAUUGCAGAAAUUGGGAUAAUUUACAAUCCGAUGUUGAAUCAAAAAUUCACCGCUCGUCGUGGAAAGGGGGCAUUCUUGAAUGAAAAACCCAUUAGAGUUUCUGGGGAAACUCGUCUGGAAUAUGCUCUGGCAACCACCGAAUUUGGAACCAGUCGUGAUGAAGAGAAAACCACCAUAGUGCUGGAAAACAUUGGAAAAUUAGUACGAGAAAUUCAUGGAAUGCGAAGUUUAGGUUCGGCGGCACUUAACAUGGCAAUGGUUGCUCUAGGAGGAGCCGAUUUCAACUACGAGUUUGGUAUUCAUGCGUGGGACAUUGCUGCCGGAGACCUUCUUGUACGAGAAGCUGGAGGAGUUUGUUUAGAUCCGUCCGGAGGCCCCCUCGACUUAAUGUCGCGGAGGGUUCUGUGUGCGUCUUCGCAAGAGUUGGCGGACAAAGUAUCGACGAGAUUGACACAAUAUUACCCUCAGCCAAGGGACUAAUGUGCAAUACAGGAAAAUCUAUGUAAUUGAUUCAUAUAACCAGAGCAUAAGUAUGGUAUAUAUUGUUACAAAUGUGGCAGAUGAAUAAAUAAUGAAACGGUAGCAAAA